UUGCUGUUACUGCACUGGUUGAUUGUUGUGGCUGUAUCAUAAUGAACUUCAAUUAUAGUAUUUGAUUUGAUUAUAGCUUUUCAUGUUUUCUUCUAGCUGCUCAGAAACAUGAAUGUAAAUGUUUUUUUCUUUAGGAAAUUCAUAAUGAUCUCACCAAAGAUUUGGCUGCUGCAUUAAAUGAGUACAAUAGCAAAACAGAGGAGAACUUUGGCCAGUUCCUAUUGAUUGCUUCUAGAGUGGCUGAUAUGAAACAAGAAUACUGACUUCCCCUUUCAGAAACUGUGCACCAGUAAGAGUUUUGCUGCUGUUCCUGUGUUUGCUUCCCUUUGACAGUUUUCUGCUGUGAUAAUCAUGAGAUUGACAGAAAAAACUUCUCAAGUAAUGAAUGCACUGACUCAGAACUGGCAUCUUAAUGGGUUGUAAUAAUGGAAGAACAGCUAUUUCACCUUUUGCAUGCUUGUAUGGAAAAGAUGAUAAUUGCUUAUGCAGCAAUUAUAAGCUUAUGCAGAAAGUGUCAAUGCUUGUUUCUUGAAGUGACCUCUGAGAAACAUGGUGAAAGUUCUAUGGCUGGUGUGAGACCAGACAGAGGGUUCCUUAUGGAAUGGCCAUUACACUUACUGCUGUUUGAAAAAUAAUCAAAGCAUUACCAGAUUUCUUAUUACUACUUUCUGUACUUUGUGUUGGUACAGUAAGAUUAAUGAAAGAAAUUAAAAUAUUCAUAUAUUUAGUUUGGUCUUUGGGUCAAAAAUUUCUCCCGUUCAGACAUGUACUAGUCUUUCCACCAUCUGUACUGAAUUUAGAGGACUAGAUUCCAAAACCAGUUGAGGCGCAACUUAUGCAAAAUUUUAAUUUAUGCAUUUAUUUUAAAGGAGAGAGCUUAGCUUAGCUUAAGAUAGGUGGCUCCUGACAGUUUCAGGUAAGUGCUGGGGACUUUUUAUUGUAUCAUUUGAGGUGAAUUAAACACACAUUUGUGCUUAAGUAUAAAGUGAUUUAAUGGGCAAUGCAGUGGACAGAGUCCUGCUGCUGUAAGUGGUUCUAAAGGGAGUCUGCAAAGAUGUGGCAUGAGCUGAUUCUUUAUACACGCUUAUGCCAGCACCAGUGAUAUCAUUACAAAUCAAUACUGUAGCAUUUAUUAUUUUAUCAACAAGGAAAUCUGUUCUCCCUUAGAGUCAUUCCAUCUCUGGCAUUCCUGUUUCUAUUGUUUAACCUGGUUCUGGAGUUAGGCAUUCCUACUGCCAGGACCAGGUUAUUCCUUGGUCUCCAAUUACUAUUGCUGAGCAGUUACAGUUUGAAUUUCCCCUUCAUAAAAUGUCUCAAGUUAAAAUUCCUGCAGCUGUUUUUCUAUAUUAGAUGGUUACUGCCAACUGCUCGAUGAUUUUAGGCACUCUGAUUCAUGCUUGAACGAAUGGCUGUCUCAGAUCCUCAUCUCAAGCACCUAUCUCUACACCUUCCCUCUUUGCCUCAUGCGUUAUUUAGAGGGAUCUAAGAGAGUGUGGUGGGUUGAUGCUGGCCAACUGCUAGAUGCUUACCUAGGUCUUCUGUCACUCCCAUUCCUCCACAGGAAGGCAGAGAAAAUAGCUUAUGGGUCAACACAAAGACAGGGAUACUACUUACCAGUUACCAUCGCAGGCAAAACAGACUUGACGUGGGGAAAAGUAAUUUAUUGCCAAUUAAAAUAGAUUUUGGUAGUGAGAAACAAAAAAUAAUUUAAAAAACUUUAAACAACACCUUCUUCCCACUCUCCCCUUUCCAGGUCAUCUGCACUCCUUUGUUCUUGACUGCUCUGUCCCUCCCCAUUCCCUGAGCAGUACAGAGGGUAUGAGGGUUGGGGGGUUAGAACAUAACAGUUUCUCUUAAUGCUUUACCCCUUCUCCAGUGUGAGCCCUCUCUAUGGGCUGCAGUCCUUCAGGAUAAACCUGCUCCAAUGUGGGCUUUCCACAGGCUGCAGUUCUUUCAGGGCAUAUCUACCUGCUUCAGCAUAGGGUCCUCCAUGGGGGGGACCUGACCUUGGUAUUUGCACUAGUGUUUCUCAUUCUCAUGGGUUUUUUUUCUCCCAUACUCCCACCUGAGUGAUGUUUUUGCUCUAUCUUAAAUAUGUUUUUGUGGAGGUGGCACCAGCUUCCUCAGGAAAGUAAAGUGUCUGAUCUGCUUUUUAGUCAAGUGAACAGCAGACCUAAAAUACACUCCUCUGAACCAAAAUGCAUCAUCCAAAGGGAUGGAGAAUUAAUUGAAUCUAAAGGUCCAUCUUCAGGACCUAAAUAAAAGUUAUACUAAAAUCUGUUGAAGCAUUGGGCUAAAGAUCAUCUCCCAUUUAAUUUGAGGAAAGGAAAUAAAGAGUUUCAAUUAUUUCCCAUCUUGUUACCUACCCAAGAAAAAGUGUGCUGAGAGGAGGAUCAGGGGCUUAUCGUGGCUAGCUAAACAAAGCAAAUCUGAUAAGCUGGAGCACUGUGGGUGUGUUACUGUACUGUAAAAGAUACUGUUCUCCUGAGUUUCUGGAAUCUUUGUACAGGUCUCAAAGGAAAUGCAGGAUGUGGAAAAGACCUCUGAUCUGCUUAAUGGCAAGUGUUAUGUGUCAGCUGUCCAGGGAGGCUGUUGAUAAACCUACCUGGAUCCCUGAGGAGACUACUUACAUAUGUAACCCCAGUGGUUUUCUGUGCUGUAUCCUGAACAAGUAUCUGAUCUAAAGAGGAGCUGGGCUUUUCACUUCUCACCAAGACAAUUUGAUACAUGAACUCUGUUUUCCUAAAUGUUGUUUUGACAGUACUUGGGUACCCAGGUUCCUUGUGAAGCAAGGCUUCGCUAAUUUUAAGUGAUAGGGGUCCAGUACUGUUCCUGCUAAAGAAUUUGCUGGAAAUGCUAAAAAGUGAUGCAAAGUAUAUCUCUUAGCUUAUUUUUGUAAGGAAUUUGCUAUUUUAAGAAAGCAAGAAGAAUAGAUUGUGGUGAAUAAAGGGACAGAAAUAGGAAUUAAUAUUUUUCUGCACUAUAUAUGCAAUCUGCAUUAACAAUAUUCUUAAGCAAUGCAGGCUUAAUGGCUCUUGGACCAUUAGCGGAAGCCACCAUGACUGAAAAGCAUAAUUUCAUGGAAGGAAGAAAAUACUGGUGAUCCUUUGCAGUGCCGUGUUCAGGGACACAGUUCUCCCGGCACCUUGGAAAUGAAGCCUGAACUUGGCACCCAGGCAGCGCUGGGAAUGGAAAGUGAAAGCUGUGGGACAGGCAGCGGCAGGGCCCAAACCUGGGACCGCCCACUGGUGGCACCUUAAAGGCAGGGUGGCAGCGGAGCCGGAGUGGGCAGCGGCGGCAGAUAUUGAAAGUGACGCUUGCUUAGGAGAUUGCUGAAGUAGUGAUGACCAUUUUCUAGGGUUUUCUUUUUUUCUGAUGCCAGAAUCAAGAUUUGUGAUGGAUUCUGCAGAAGAUCAUUUCAAGAAAGUCCUUCAUAAUGAUGCAAAUGAGAAUGCUAGUAAUGAUGAUAAGGAUAGUGAGUGUAGCGACAGUGAGAAAGUAGGCUUGAUUCCAACAAAGGAAGAUAAAGAGAGUGAGAGUACAAGUGACAGUGAUAAGGAGGAUGAGACCAGUGACAGAGCUGAAGCAGCUGUAACACAGUUGCUUAAAGAGGAAGAAGAUAGAGAAAAAGAAGCCGAAGACCCAGAUUACAGUAACACUUACGGUUUCUCAACCACUGAAGAAGUGACAGAGCAGGCAUCACAAACUGAAAGCAAGGAUUUCAGAGUUCUCCAGCGUGAACGUGAUUCCCAAAGCCCUGAAAUAAGGAAACAUGUUGAAGUUCUGGAGAAGUUGAGGCUACACAUUUGGGCAUCUCUAUCAAGAGCUCAGUAUGUUAGUCUGUUAAAAGACUUUGUUGAGUCUGAAUUCUUUGUGAUAGAUGGGGAUUCCUUACUACUUACAUUUUUAGAUGAGAAAACACAAUAUCUAAACUUCUUCUACCAAAUUGAAUGCUUCCUGCAGGAUUUCACUGAAAAAGGAGCAAAAUACAUCAUUGUUUUCUUCAAGGAUGCAGAACAGAUGUACCUUCCAUAUCCUCAUUGUCUUUUCUUACGUACUGCAUUAAUAGAACACCUGAGGCAUAACACAGGCACCACCAUUCAUACAGAAUUUUCCAAUUGUUUAUCAUCCAAGUGGGAGACUUUUCUGAGGAAAAGCUAUCCUUACUUCAUUGUUGUAUCUGACAUAGGACUGACCUCUCUCCAAACAGACUGUCUAUCUAUUUUAAUUGCUCAUUCAUUGUCAAAGAAAAUCAACGUUGUGCUUGCUUCAGGACAGGAAUAUGAUAUUCUUAGAGUUUAUGGAUAUCAUGUUCAGAGUGUGUAUAAACACAGAUUAUUUUUUCAAAAGUAUGAACAAGAUCUGCGAUAUGCCUGUGAAAACCUAGUCAGGUACAAAGAACCAUUCAUGUGUCUAUAUGAACAUCUCAAGCUGAGCCUGAAAAGCAUACAAAAAGAGGUUCACCAGACUGUCUGUCUGUUGAAACAACUGUGGCCUGAAGGAUCUGACAUCCGGCGUGUGGUCUGUGUCCUUGCUUGUGCCGUGGGAUUAAAAAUAUAUAGCAACAUGCUGGACAGUGCAAAUACUUCCAUGGGAGCAAAGACAGAGCAAUCAGCAAGAGGAAGAAGUAAACCCCUGUCUCCAGAAGCAGCAGCAGACCUCUGCAGAAUGCAAUGUCUUACAGUGGCUUUUCUUCUUCAUAUGCCUCUUGCACAGAGAGCUCAGAUUAGGAUCAUGAACUUCUUCUGGACUCAGCAAGUUUUACCAUUAAUAAAAAUGCAACAGUUGUGUACGCAUUUUGCUCUGACACAGCUAAGUGAUACAAAUGAUUGGAAACUGGAUUUAACUUACCUGCCAGACUUAAAUGAUGAUUCACUGCUCAUAAAUCUUGCACAUUACUAUGAGGUCGAAUACACUAAAGGAUUAGAGUUUGAAAAGGAAUUGGGGAAAGAAAUAGAGAAUGAAUACCAAUGUUUAUGGAACACUGUAACAAAAUUGGCUGUGAAAUACAGUUUUGGAGAUGCUUUUCCGAUACGAAAGACCUCCCAACUAUUUCUUGAACAAGAAUCGACAUUAUUUAGAGACUAUAAAGAAGAAAUUCCUAACAUUGGACUAAUCUUAGUGAAAUCUGAUCUUGUUGAAGAAUAUGCUGGCGAUGUUUUGAAAGACUUACCUGUUUUAGAAAGCAAUGAUCCUGUGGUUACUUCAUUUACGAAAUACAAGGAAUUUGAUGAGCUUUGUCACUGGCACUCUGGCAGACCUUUGACUGAGGAACACGAGCGAGUACAGUGCUAUGCUGAUGCAAAAUCCAAAGAUCCAAAAGAAAGAAGAAAAAUACAAAAGUUACAGACUUUUCGUCACUUUUAUGGAAGCACUUUGGAAGACAGCACUUCAAAACUUAUUGUACAUCAAGAGGAUGUGGCACGGAAUGCUAAUGCUGCUGUCAAAAAGACACAAAAAAAGCAUAAAAGUAAAGCGGAAACAAUUGCAGAGGAAAACAACAGGCGACUAAAAAUUAAAGAAGAACAGAAAGAACAGGAGCAAUGGAAAGCCUUAUGUAUACCAACUGAAAAGGAAAUAAAAGCAAAUCUGACUGUUGGAAUAAAUAAAUUGGAGAAGUUUCUCAAGACCCUUAAAAGUAAAUCUGUGAAGUUCAGCGUAGAAAUGACAGCACUGUCUGCCUGUUUAGAAGUGUGGAAGGAACACUGUAGAGAGCAAGGUAACAAAUCUAAAGAUUUAAGCAAAGCUGUUCAUGUCAUGAGGAGAAUUCAUAUCCUACUUGACAAAUAUCAAGAUCUCUUGGAGAAACCACAUCGACAAAAGCUAACCAGAUAUCUAAGACUUCUUGGAUUUGAGAAUUUGGCAUGCUCUCUAUCUGGCCAGACAGGAGAAAAUAAUGAUCAGAAUAUAAGCAAUUAUGCUAUUGAAGUGGGUCCAGCUCGCUUUCAGCUACAAUACAUGGAUUAUUACUUGCUCAGAGAAGAGAGAAAUGAUCCAGAUCCCCGAGUGCAACAUUUCAUACCAGACACAUGGCAGCGAGAACUUCUCGAUGCUGUAGAUAAUAAUGAGUCUGCAGUGAUUGUCGCUCCCACUUCAUCAGGAAAAACAUAUGCAUCAUACUACUGCAUGGAAAAAGUUCUGAAAAUGAGCAAUGAUGGAGUAGUUGUAUACGUUGCUCCUACAAAGGCCCUUGUAAACCAAGUGGUGGGAACUGUAUACAGUCGAUUCACCAAGAAACUUCCAGAUGGAUUGGUAGUGUGUGGAGUCUUCACGCGAGAUUAUUGCAAUGAUGUCAUGAAUUCUCAGAUACUAGUGACUGUGCCUCAAUGUUUAGAAAUCUUGAUGCUGUCUCCUCGUUGCCAGAAAUGGACCAAACGGAUACAAUAUGUAAUAUUUGAUGAGGUCCAUUGUCUUGGUGGUGAAAUUGGAGCAGAGGUUUGGGAGCAUCUUCUGGUAACAAUUCGGUGUCCGUUUUUGGCGCUCUCUGCUACUGUCAGUAACCCAGAACACCUAACAGAGUGGUUACAAUCUGUGAAAAGGUAUUGGCAACAUGCUGAGAAUAGAAUACAAGGAAGCUCUACAAACUCUGAAAAGAACUUUACAAGAAAAUGUAAAGUGAAAUCUAAAGUACCAGAACAAAAGAAAUCAUACCGUGUUAGACUAGUCUCGUAUGAAGAAAGAUACAAUGAUUUGGAAAAGUAUGUGUGUUCUCUAAAGGGCAAUGAUUUUAUGAUUGAGCAUUGUCAUCCAUGUGCUGCACUAACAGUCAAUCAUAUUGAGAACUGUGGCAUUCCUUCAGAUCUUUCUCUGUCUCCACGAGAGAGCAUCCAGCUUUAUGACACAAUGGUGAAAGUCUGGCAAGAGUGGCCAAGAGCACAGGAGCUAGAUCCUGAGGAGUUCGUCUCUUUCAAGAAUAUAGUAGUAAUAAAAAAGGGAGAUGUGAGGCAUUAUGAACAGGAACUGAAGAAAGAACUAAGCAAAUGGAUUGUGCUUGGUCAAAGACAGAAGGUGAAUGAACUACUGGAACACCUUAAGCCAAAACCUGUGGAUUGCUCAGAACAUGAAAAGUGGAAGCGUUUUGCAAGCUUUGUUGACAAAUUACAUGAGAUGGAUAAGUUGCCUGCUAUAUUUUUUAUUUUUAACGUGGAUUCAGUGGAAUGUGCAGCCAGGAAUGUAUUCCUCAAUUUGCUGAAAAAACAAAGGAGUGAAGAAAACCCUAACACCAAGAGGGAAAAAGAACAUUUAAUGGAUGAACUAAGAAAAGUGAAUAAAAUGCUAAUAAAAUUCAACCCUCAGGAUACCAAAAAGUUGAGCUCCAGUAAAAUGGAAAACAUGGUGGUACUUUUGACUACAAAACAACAGUUACAAAAAAGACUUAAAAGGCUAACUGCUAUCCCUUCUCUGUGUACUUAUGCUGAUCCUAAAGCAGUGGAUGAAGGUACUUUGAGGAAGAUUUUUCAUCGGCUUAGGUUUGAGAGAAGAGGUGAUCUGCAGCAAAUGAUGGCACUGAGGGGCAUUGGGUAUCAUCAUGGAUCUAUGACGGCCAAGGAAAGACAAGUAGUGGAGAUGCUUUUCAGGCUGGGAUAUAUCAAGGUAGUCACAGCUACUUCAACACUUGCUCUAGGAAUCAACAUGCCAUGUAAAUCUGUUGUCUUUGCUGAAGAUUCUGUCUUUUUAGAUGCCCUAAAUUACAGACAGAUGUCAGGACGUGCUGGGAGACGGGGACAAGAUAUGAUUGGAAAUGUGUUCUUCUAUGAUAUCCCACUGCCCAAAGUUGAAAGACUUAUGAAAUCCAAUGUACCUCAGUUGAAAGGCCAGUUUCCUCUGACUGUUUCCUUAAUAUUGAGACUCAUGCUGUUGACUGCGAAGGCUGAUGACAAAGCAGAUGCCAGAGCAAAGGCAUUAUCGGUGUUGAAGCACUCACUGAUGUCAUUCAGAAAAGGAAGAUAUGCUGAAAUAUUAAAAAUUUAUUUCAUGUUUUCCUUGCAAUUUCUUAUCAAAGAGGGCUACUUGGAUCAAGAAGGUAACCCCAUUGGAUUUGCUGGACUUGUGACUCACUUGUACUAUUAUGAACCUUCAAAUUUUGUUUUAGUGAGCUUGCUUGUGAAAGGUUUAUUCCACAAAUUGUGCCAGCCAAUUAAAGGCUCAACUGUUUUUUCAGAAGAUGUCCUGGAAAAGCUAGUGCUCAUUCUAGCAAACCUAUUUGGGAGAAAAUAUCUUCCAGCCUGCUCAAUGAAAUAUAAACGCAAUUUUUGCCAGUCAAAGGUCUUUCUAGAAGAUCUGCCAGAAGACUUUGCAGAUGCUGUAAAUGAGUACAACACCAAAGUAAAGGAAAAUUUUGCUCAUUUUCUUCUGUCAACUGCCAAGCUGGCAGAUAUGGAACAAGAAUAUAGACUUCCACUGUCAAAGACAGAUUUUACAUCUAAGAAUUGGCAUGGCUCUGAACUAGCAUCUUAUUUCACGGACACCACCAAAAGCAUAUCUGCCAUCUCACCUUUUGCAUGUUUAUCUGGAGUGGUUGACAACAAUCUGUUUCAUGGGGAGAUCAUUAAUAAAGCUGUCUUGCGUUCCCUUGGAAUUAACGUCACGAACUGUCCCCUGCUUUAUUUGAACAAGUAUGAUAAUCAAGGAAGGAGGCAGCCACUCAAUGCAUAUGCACUGGACUUCUAUAAGCACGGUUCUUUGAUUGCAUUGACAACUGAUAACUGGUUAAAUGAAGGAGAUGCUUACUACGCACUCAAGGAUUUUUCACUCCUCAUUAAGUCUAUUGGAACAUCACUGAGUGAACUAUGUGAUGAUCCAAAUGAUAAUGUUCUGCUGGCAUUUCAGCAACUGGGUGAAAUCUAUGAAGAGAAACUGAAGUGUGCUAUCUGAAGGGGAAAAAAAAAAAAGCAGCAGUACGUAAUACUUUUACUACGUGGAUCAGCUACCUUUUCAGUUAGGAAGUGACAAGAUCUGAGUUAUCAAAUGUGUUUCAUAAUAAAGCUUUAGUAAUAUCCAAUAUUAUUAAUACAAAGUUUACUUAAAAAAAUUAAUCUUUACACAUUGACAUUUUAGUAGCUCCAAUGUCAACUAAGUAAUUGUUUCUAAUAGAUGACAAACCUAGGUAAUUGCACUUAUCUUUCAAUUGCACAUUUUUUUCCAGGCAGUGAUAUAUAUGUUAAGACAGCUCUCAAAUAUACUGAAUAAAUGUCAGUUCUGACAGCUGGUGAGAUCAGCCUCAGUAGGACAGCACUGAAACUUUCAGCCCAUUUGUGAAGGAUGUUCCACAAUUACUUUGGCAAUUAUAAUAAUAAAUUGUUCUAAUUAUUUUCCAAAUUUUUUUAUUGUUAUGAAGUAGUACCUUCAUGAAGCAUUAUGAAAGCUUUUAAGUUGGUCUGCAAUUUUAGUCUACAAAAUUUUAAGUAUAAAUUUUAUAUCAGU